UAAGUUCAGGCCACUGUCAGCUGUUGUCUUUCAUGAUUUUCUACAGCAAUUAAACUGUAAGUUUAAUAUGCUUCUAGCAAACCUCUCAGAUUUGUUUGUUUUUUUGUUUUAAGGGGUGAACAGAUCCUGAAUAGCAGAGGGGUGAACAGAUCCUGAAAUGCUGCAGAGGACUCAACGGCACGCGUGGCAGUCGGGUGCGUCUCCUCAUGUCGGGAUAUCGGAGGCUAUCAGAGGCCGAGUGCAGCAGAGGACGGGAAGAUGUUAGGGUGUCAGGGUGGUGGUUUGAGGGUUCGCUUCUGGAUCACUUUGAUCACAGGGUUGGUGGAGUGUUUGGGUUUUGCAGGGCUCGUGUUCGGCUGGGCAUCUCUGGUUUUCGUGCUCAAAAGUCAGGGAUACUUCGGCAAUCUGUGCGUGAACUCCACCGGUAAUGGAACCAUCGCCCAAGACUGCAGUGGCCAGGAUGAGCAGUUCUCCCUCAUCUUCACCAUCGCCUCCUUCUUGAAUAGCUUUCUUACACUACCAAUAGGCUUCCUGUUUGAUCACUUUGGUACCAUGGUCUCCAGGCUACUGGGAAUAUCAUUCUACACAUUAGGAAUGCUGUUAAUAGCCUUUUCAAGUCCAGCCACCUCCAUCCUUCUGUUUCCUGCUCUGUCCUGCAUCGUUGUGGGAGGAGUUGAAUUCCUACUAACCAAUAUGCAGGUGGGAAAUCUUUUUGGUACACAUCGCUCCACUAUAAUCACUCUCUAUAAUGGAGCCUUUGACUCGUCCUCUGCAGUUUUCCUUAUCAUCAAACUGGCAUUUGAAGGUGGAGUCGCUUUACGCUGGUCUUUUCUCUUUAUGUCCUGCUGUGCCGCCAUUCAUCUCUUCCGUACAUUUGUGUUGUUACCUCGUAAACAUAUUCCUUAUCCUCUCCCAGAGAACUACAGCUAUGGAAUUAAAUGUGGGAAAACUUUCAAGGCUAAAGUGGAAAUGCCAACUGAAAAUAAUUCACCUCAAGGCCAAAACACAGCAGACAAAACGGAGCGAAGUUUCAAGAGCUGUUUCCUGUCCUGGUUGUUCAUGUGUCAUCUUCUGUGGCUUUCUGUGAUGCAGCUGAGACAUUAUCUGUUUAUCGGGACAUUAAACCCUAUGCUGAAUCAUCUUGCUGCUGGAGAUCAAGGACUUGUGAGCAAGUAUACAAACGCGUUUGCGUUCACUCAGCUUUGUGGGAUCCUUUGUGCUCCGUGGAAUGGCCUCAUCAUGGACCGUCGAAAGGGAAAGGAGCUUAAACCAGGUGAAAGUGAGCAGGAGGCUGACCUGAGGUCAGCUAUAUUGUCUCUAGCACUGACAGCGCUGCAGGGUGUGCUUUUUUCUGUGUGUGCGGCUACACCCAUCCUACCCCUUCAGUACCUCACAUUCGUCCUUCAGGUCCUCAACAGAUCUUUCCUGUUCGGAGGAAACGCUGCUUUCGUUUAUGUGGCGUUUCCUCCUGUACACUUCGGAAAGCUGUUCGGGAUGAUGUUGGCUCUCUCAGCUGUAUUCUCUUUGCUUCAGUAUCCCUGCUUUGCCCUCGUUAAAGGACCAUUGGGUGGAGACCCUCUUUAUGUGAACAUCGCUCUGGCCAUUUUGAGUCUGCUGGCCUUCAUCAAUCCUCUCUAUGUUUACUUUCACUGUCGACAGCGGGCAGCCCUGCGAUCCAAUGGCAACAUGAACACAUCUUCAUAAGAUCAUGUGGUGAAGGGAAUAUCAUCCUGAUCCAAAAAACAGCUUUCUGUUGCUAUUUUAUUUUUUCAUGAACAGAAAAGCUUUCUCAUUGUGCAGGAAGAUAUUUUACUAAGCUUUCAUAGCUGUGUUGUGCAGUGAUCAACUCUUUCUUGACCCUGUAAAGGUAUGAAGUGUUUUAUCCGAGAGGAUUUUAGCAGGAAAUUGACAGCUCUCUUUACCCUUCACUAAAGUUUUUAUACACUACUGCCUGAAAUCAUGCAACCUGAGAGUGCACUUAACCAAAAAUAAUGUUUCGUAUAUGGCGAGGCAAUUUUACAAUUUAUUUUACAUAGCAAAAAGGCCAAAGACUGUUUAUCAUAUGUGACAGUGCUUGUGAAACCCCAGCUAAGGUUCUUUUCGUGUGAUUUACUGUUUUAAAUCAUCCCACAUAAUGUAAAGAUCAUUAUGUGAAAAUAUAAUCUUGAUUUCUGACCCGACCAGAAAAGAAAUUAUCCAAAGCUGUCACUUGGACAGUAUCCUUUAUGAAGGUCCUAAUAUGUACCAUAUAGGUACAGAUGUUUAUACAUUUGUUACCAAUACUAAAUGCAUCUAAUUAUAAUCUCAUAGUACAGCAACAUAAUAUGCAAAUUAACUUUUUAAAGGGAGGAGAAAAUACUUUCCAUACUGUAUCUUUUGUUGUUGCCAUCAAAGGUUGUGUGUCAUAUCAAACUCUUCUAUAUAUUUUGGCACAGAUUCAUCAAUAAGAACAAGUGAGACAGGUUGUGUGAGAUCCCAUAAGAAUAAAAAAAAACUUUAAUAUCUCAUUUCUAGAUCAAAUCAAGAUUCAAUGAAGCUUUCGCUUAUGUCACCUGUUUCUACUUGGAAAAAGACCCAAUAAUCUCACAUAUGUGCUACUUGUUUCAGAAUAGAUCUCAAUCAUGUCACAACCUGAGUUCAGACUUGUCAAGACAGUAUUAAAAAAAUCAUUAUGAUAUUAUUCAUCAAACCCAGAUUAUCUCUUAAUGAAUGUCAAGUAUUGUCUCAUCUAUUGAAACAAAGUUGAUAUUUGAAACACAUAGAUAAGAAAGGCAUUACUCUCCUAAACUGUAAAAGCAAUUGGGAUGCCCUCAUUUUUAUGAAAAAUUACUUGGAUUAAACAGUAUAUGGGUUUACAGAAUGAGACCUCUCUCAUGUUAUUCAACUUUCUAAAUGAAUCGGUAAUGGGAUAAGUUUGUAUCAUAAACAGUGUUGAUGCUGUUCGUUGUUUAACGAGGGUCCUGAAUGAAAACUAGUUAAGAACCACUGGUUAAGUGUUUUCUUACAUUGUUCUCAGUGAUACUCACUUGUAACUGUAGUUGAGGGAGCCCUCUGUAGGACAUAACAGGAAUUACAUCAAAACCUGUGAAAUUCAUAUUCAGCUGCAUAUAAAGCUGCUUUUAUAAAUGUAUCUGUAUUACUUCAAAUAAAGGGAAUUUUCUAUGAAAGCAAA